AUGGCAUUUGAAUAUAAGACGGUGUUUGUCUGUACCGGCGCCCCAGACAUGAAUGGCAAUGAUGUCGGAACCGUGAAACGUCCAUCAGUAACAGACAACUGUUCUGUCCUGGAGCGUCCAUCAGUAACAGACAACUGUUCUGUCCUGGAGCGUCCAUCAGUAACAGACAACUGUUCUGUCCUGGAGCGUCCAUCAGUAACAGACAACUGUUCUGUCCUGGAGCGUCCAUCAGUAACAGACAACUGUUCUGUCCUGGAGCGUCCAUCAGUAACAGACAACUGUUCUGUCCUGGAGCGUCCAUCAGUAACAGACAACUGUUCUGUCCUGGAGCGUCCAUCAGUAACAGACAACUGUUCUGUCCUGGAGCGUCCAUCAGUAACAGACAACUGUUCUGUCCUGGAGCGUCCAUCAGUAACAGACAACUGUUCUGUCCUGGAGCGUCCAUCAGUAACAGACAACUGUUCUGUCCUGGAGCGUCCAUCAGUUAAAGACAAACUUUCUGUCCAUCAGUGUCCAACAGUGACAGAUAACAAUUUACACCUGAAGUAUUAUAUCUGUUAUUGA